ACAUUUUGUUCAGAUGACAUCUGUUAGCUGCUAUACUAUUAUAUUUCUGGUGGUAUUAGUGCCUUCAUGUCUCGGACAUGCUGAUCUGAGAACACUUAUAUACAGAAUAGAGGCUCUGGAAAAAAGAGACAUGGAACAGCUGGCCAGAAUUGAUCAUCUGGAGCAACAAGCUAAAGUUUCCAAUGACAAUUUGGCACCUAUCCACUUCUAACGAAAACCUCCUGAAACAACUUGCUGAAACAUCCACAAAGUUAGCAAGACAAGAGAAUAUUACUGCAUUGCUACAAAAAGAUCUAGCACAUCAAAGAUUAGAAGCUGAUAAUACUAGACACAAGGCUGAAAUACUAGACUCUGCAGCACAAACCAUGGGCGCAACAAUUGAAAAUAUUAACAGAAUCAUUGCUAACUGCAAACACAACUUCCAAGACACCAUAAAACAAGUCAAUGCUGAAGGAAAUACAGAUGCCGACAGCCUCAAGCUACCACCAUAUGUUGACACCUCAAGCAAUGACCGUGAAACCGUGAAAGAUGAACAGUUACCGCCAUCAGCAACUGCAGACAUGUUUGAGACAAAUGGAUUUAAUGGCACUCCAUUAGACCCUGUUAAAAGAGCAGAUGGGGGAAACGUGCAGUCACAUGGACAACAAGAGGACCAUGAUGGUCCUGAAUCGCUCACCUCUUCCCACAUGACCCAGUUUUGAGUAUGACAUCGUUUUUUUCUAUUAUUUGACAUAGUGACCUAGUUUUUGAGCUCAUGUGACCCAGUUUUGAACUUGACCUAGAUAUUAUCA